AUGGAUAAGGGUUGGAUGAGUAAACGAAGAUCAACAAAAGAAGAUGAAAAUGGAUUGAAUCAAUUUCUUGAUAUGGCUUUUGCUAAAGUAAGUCUUAGUGGAAAAAUUAUUUGUCCGUGCAAACGGUGUAGGAAUGGGAAAGGGGUAAUUAGAGAGAUUGCCGAAGAACAUUUGUUAGUUGAUGGCUUUAUGAAAGGUUACACAAAUUGGGUCGCACAUGGCGAAGACACAUUGACUGAUCAUGUGGAUUCCCAAAAUUUUAACGAAUUCAAUAUGUUAGGGGAUAUGACUGGGUUAGUACAUGAUGCGUUUGGUGUUAAUGAUACAAACUCAAACAUGGAAGAAGAACCCAACGGGCAAGCUAAGGUUUUUUUUGAGUUGUUUGAUGAUGCUCAAAAAGAAUUGUAUCCAGGAUGUAAACAAUUUUCUAAACUUACAUUUCUCAUACGACUCUUUCACUUGAAGUGUACUGGUAAAUGGUAUAAUAAAUCAUUCACAAUGCUUCUUGAGUUGUUGAAAGAGGCCUUUCCUGAAGCAACUAAGUCACUGCCCAGUUCUUAUUAUGAAGUUCAAAAGAUAAUAGGAAAAUUAGGACUUACUUGUAUUAAAAUACAUGCUUGUCCUAAUGAUUGCAUGUUGUAUUGGAAAGAGCAUGAGAAUGAUAUAGCUUGUCAUGUUUGUAAAACAUCUCGAUACGAUCAAGCUCAAACGAAUGUUGAUGAAGGAGAUUCCUCAAGUAAAUUCAAAAAAAAUCCAGCAAAAGUAUUGAGAUAUUUUCCAUUGAAGACUCGUCUUCAAAGACUCUUUAUGUCAUCUAAAACGUCGUCAUUUAUGAGAUUGCACCAAGAGCUUCGCACUAAGGAUGGUUGCAUGAGACAUCCUAGUGAUUCUCCGCUUUGGCAUGAUUUUGAUCGUCGACAUCGUGACUUUUCAAAAGACUCAAGAAAGGUAAGACUUGGUCUAGCGGCUGAUGGAUUUAGUCCAUUUCGGACCAUGAGUGUUACUCAUAGCACAUGGCCAGUUAUAUUAACCCCGUACAACUUACCUCCAUGGAUGUGUAUGAAAGAACCUUACUUCUUUUUGACCCUACUCAUUCCUGGUCCAUCAGCUCCCGGCAACAAUAUUGAUGUCUACAUGCAACCACUAAUAGAGGAACUAAAAGAAUUGUGGAAUGGAGUCGAAACAUAUGACGCAUCACAUAAACAAAACUUUUGUAUGCGUGCAGCUUUGUUAUGGACUAUAAACGAUUUUCCAGCAUACGCAAAUUUGUCUGGUUGGAGCACGAAAGGCCAGUUAGCCUGCCCAUCAUGCCACAAAGAUACCUGCUUUCAAUAUUUGUACAAUAGCCGUAAAGAGUGUUACAUGGGUCAUCGGAGAUUUCUAAGUGAAUAUCAUGCUUAUAGAAAAGAUAGUAAAUCUUUUGACGGGAAAGAAGAAUAUCGGCGAGCUCCCGUACCAUUAACUGGAAAUAUGAUUUAG